AUGUCGGGUAUUCCGUCUGUAAUGAAAGCUGCUCAACAAACCGGUUACGGUAAUGUUAGAGAUAUUUUAAUACUUCGCGAUGAUGUUCCUGUUCCACGUGAAUUAUCAUCGACACAAGUUCUCGUUCGUGUUCAUGCAGCUUCGAUUAAUCCAAUCGAUUGGAAGUUUUUGGAUGGAACUUUCUCGCUUGUAACACGAUUGUCUUUUCCACAUAUUCCAGGAAAAGAUGUCGCGGGCGUUGUGGUUGAUGUUGGUUCUAAUGUGAAACGCUUCCGAGUCGGAGACAAGGUUUAUGGUAAUUUCGGUAUGGGCGAUGGGAGUUUUGCUGAAUAUGCACGUGCUGAUGAAUCUUUACUCGCAAUCAGACCUCAGAAUUUAUCGAUGGAGGAAGCAGCAGCUGUACCAUUAACAUGUGAAACUAGUUAUGAAGCGUUAUUUACAAAACUUUCACCUCCGGUUGGAGCGGGAAGUAAAAUUUUAAUUUGCGGAGGAAGCACAGCAGCUGGUUUGUAUGCAAUUCAAUUAGCUAAAGCAGUUGGUGCUCAAGUUUCGACAACAUGUUCGAAAAGAAAUUUUGGUUUAUUAGAAAAACUCGGUUAUCCAACAUCGGAAACAAAUUCUGAUGCUAAUCAAUUGCAUUUAAUCGAUUAUAAUGAAAAAGAUUUCGGUAAAGAGUUAAAAGGUCAAGACUACGAUGUUGUUUAUGACUGUGUCGGUGGACCUGAACAAUGGAUAUCAGCACAGGAAAUUUUAAAACGCAAUGGACAAUUUAUAACAAUCGUUGGUGAUCAUAUGAAAUCAAGCAUCACAUUCAAGGCUGCCGUUUCAACUGUAUCGAGUUUAAUUAAUCGAAAAUUCUGGUCUGUCUUUGGUUCGGCACAUCAUGGUUAUAUUUUUCAUUCUCUCAGUCAAAGAUACGAAAAUCUCGAUGAAUUACGAACGAAAUAUUUCGAAAAUGGCAAGGUGAAACCUAUUAUCGAUACGGUUUUUGAUUGGAGAAAGGACGGAGUUGAAUCACUUUAUGCACUUUAUGAAAAAUCCCAAAGUGGAAAAGCACAAGGCAAAUUAAUUUUAAAGAUUGCUGACGAAGAAUAA